AUGAGUCUCACAGGAGAGAAACCACAUCUGUGCUCUGAGUGUGACAUAAGCUUUACAUGUAAAUCACAUCUUCUCACACAUCAAAGGAGUCAUACAGGAGAGAAACCAUUUACAUGUUCUGUAUGCAUAAAGUGUUUAUCCCGAAAGUCAUCUCUUGUUAUACAUCAGAGGAUUCAUACAGUAGAGAAACCAUUUAAAUGUUCUGAAUGCGACAUAUGUUUUUCCCGAAAGCCAUCUCUUGUUAUACAUCAGAGGAGUCACACAGGAGAGAAACCAUUUACAUGUUCAGAAUGCAGCCAAUGUUUUCUCUGCAAGUCACAUCUUGUGAAACAUCAGAUGAGUCACACAGGAGAGAAACCAUUUACAUGUUCUGAAUGCAGCAAAUGUUUUUCCCGAAAGUCAUCUCUUGUUAUACAUCAGAGGAGUCAUACAGGAGAUAAACCAUUUACAUGUACUGAAUGCGAGAUAUGUUUUUCCCGAAAGUCAUCUCUUGUUAUACAUCAGAGGAGUCACACAGGAGAGAAACCAUUUACAUGUACUGAAUGCAAAAAAAUGUUUUCCCAGAAGUCAAUUCUUGUUAGACAUCAGAGGAGUCACACAGGAGAGAAACCAUUUACAUGUUCAGAAUGCAGCCAAUGUUUUCUCUGCAAGUCACAUCUUGUGAAACAUCAGAUGAGUCACACAGGAGAGAAACCAUUUACAUGUUCUGAAUGCAGCAAAUGUUUUUCCCGAAAGUCAUCUCUUGAUAUACAUCAGAGGAUUCACACAGGAGAGAAUCCAUUUAAAUGUUCUGAAUGCGAGAUAUGUUUUUCCCGAAAGUCAUCUCUUGUUAUACAUCAGAGGAGUCACACAGGAGAGAAACCAUUUACAUGUUCUGAAUGCAACAAAUGUUUUACCCAGAAGUCACAUCUUCUCGCACAUCAGAGGAGUCACACAGGAGAGAAGCCGUUUACAUGUUCUGAAUGCAGCAAAUGUUUUUCCCGAAAGUCACAACUUGUUAUACAUCAGAGGAGUCACACAGGAGAGAAACCAUUUACAUGUUCUGAAUGCCGCCAAUGUUUUCUCUGCAAGGCACAUCUUGUUAUACAUCAGAGGAGUCACACAGGAGAGAAACCAUUUACAUGUUCUGAAUGCAAAAUAUGUUUUACCCAGAAGUCACAUCUUCUCGCACAUCAGAGGAGUCACAAAGGAGAGAAGCCGUUUACAUGUUCUGAAUGCAGCAAAUGUUUUACCCAGAAGUCACAUCUUCUCGCACAUCAGAGGAGUCACACAGGAGAGAAGCCGUUUACAUGUUCUGAAUGCAGCAAAUGUUUUUCCCGAAAGUCACAACUUGUUAUACAUCAGAGGAGUCACACAGGAGAGAAACCAUUUACAUGUUCUGAAUGCCGCCAAUGUUUUCUCUGCAAGGCACAUCUUGUUAUACAUCAGAGGAGUCACACAGGAGAGAAACCAUUUACAUGUUCUGAAUGCAAAAUAUGUUUUACCCAGAAGUCACAUCUUCUCGCACAUCAGAGGAGUCACACAGGAGAGAAGCCGUUUACAUGUUCUGAAUGCAGCAAAUGUUUUUCCCGAAAGUCACAACUUGUUAUACAUCAGAGGAGUCACACAGGAGAGAAACCAUUUACAUGUUCUGAAUGCAGCAAGUGUUUUCUAUGUAAGUCAAGUCUUGUUAGACAUCAGAUUAGGAAGCAUAUAAAUGCUCUGAGGACCUAA